GGCAGAACUACAUGUUACACUAAAAGUGGAUAUAGUGUCAACAGAUUUCACUCAUUGCUUCCAGGUGGAUGUCGAGAGUCAGGAAAGCCUUCAGGUAUGCUAUGUACAGUUUCAUAAAUUAUAUAUUAUACAAGAGUAGGGGCAUAACAGGAAAUUUCCAGGGGGACGCUUUUUAAAUUAUGACUUACAGCAAAUAUAGGCCUUAGAAUCAGGGCUCAAAAUAACAGCCGGUCAACGGACAAUGAGCAGCCAAAAAUGCCUCUUGACUGGUUUACCUCACCAGUCUUUUUGACCAGCCACAGUUGUAUGCCUUCCAAUGUGAUUGCUGACGUCUUGAAUUAAAACAUGAAACUAUGAUGUAUCGAAACAAGUUUCUAACAGUUUGUUUCACUGUUAGUGUAAGCGUAUCGAUGACCGGUCAAAAACAGAUUUUGACCAAGCUAAAAUCAAAGUGACCAGUCUUUUUUACCCGAGACCUUUUUUACUCGAGACCGUUAUUUUGAGCCCUGCUUGGAAUUGCCUUAUACUAGUUUACUGUACAUUAUAUUAAACACUAUGUCAAAAACUUCUGUCAUCAGAAUAGCAUAAUUAUAAAGCUUGACAAGAAGAAUUUUGAAUUAGGAUUCUGUCAUUGAAGGAGGUUUAACCCGUUGAGCUCCAGCACUCUCCCAGGGUUGACCGUUGACAAGUAAGAUUCCCAGGCCCACAUCUGUGAAUUAUCUUUUAGAUUAUACACUGUUGGAUUGUAUAUACAGCGAAAUACACAGAACAUUUUUUAUCCUGGAUGUGAUGUGUUGGAGAGGCCAUCCAGUUUAUGACAGUGAG